UAGGAGGUUCAAAGGCUUUCCAACCGAACCACACAGGACAACUCAACUUGUUGCAGACAGCUGUCCGACUACACCGAGAGACCCUUGGUUGACUGACUAAGUUGGUUAUUGGCGGGAAGCGACAAAGAUUCCUAAAGGACUAUAGUUUUAUUACAGGUAAAAUUAAUUUCUUCAUGAGGUUGGGCUUCUUCUCCCUGAUAAACAUUACUAUACUUCUCGGCUGUGACAAGGUGUUAUGGGAUUUGAGCUUGUAUGGCUGUUUACACCGCUACCCUGAGAACCCAAUUGUGAUUUGUUUUCCAUAUCUGAUGGUUUUUCUGACUGUCCACACUCAGUUUUAUGUGACCCAUGUCACAUCAGAUAUGGGGCAGUAGGUAUAAAAUAAAUGGCAGAAGAUCUGAAUUGGGCUGCAGGUGUAAAUGCAACCUGUGACAGUCAGUCUCUUCGUACUUGGCACAGACCAGCAUUAGACCAAUGGUCAAAACAUCUUCUGGAUUCCAUAAAUGUUCAAACACGUCCUGGUGUUUAGGAAAGAGAAGGGAUGGUGUGUCAAUGGUAUAAGUAGUGCAUUAGUUGUUUUAAAGGGGCAAUCUGCAUUUCAAACAACGAAAUGGCCACCACUGAUUUGGUAAAUAGCUGAGGCAUGGGGCUGGAAAAAUGUAACCACUCUCAAAUUCAUAGACAGAGCUAUGAAUGCUAGGACUGACCAUCUAGAAUUUUAACCAUGUUUUAAAGCUAUACAGUUUAAUUACAAUUGUUUACACAAACGGGUAAAACAAGCUUAUAUUUUGAUGGGGUAAGACAGUUGAACUAAGCUCAUGAGGCAUAAGUUACGUGAUACUCUUAAAGAAUCAAUGUGUAUUGUCUAUAAUGAACUUAAGUAUGUAGCAACUGCAGAUUGCCCCAUUAAAGGAAGUAAAGUUUGUUUUCCACAGUACCAUGAUGUAAACAUGCACUACACAAUGUUCUCUCCAGUCAUUGUUGGGGCGCUGAGUUUUCCCUGGUCAGCUUACAUAGUUCAGGCCCUGGUGGUUGUGUCAGGUACAUGGUCACUGGGCAGGUAUGCUAGAGUUGUGCUGGAACAAAAGCCUGCACACACUGCAGCCCUCUAGUACCGGGGUUCCCCAGCCCUGCAGUAGAGUUUCAUUAAACCAGUGUCAAUCCUGGUCCUAGAGAUCUUCACACCUGGGCCUGUAUUCACAAAGCCUCUUGGAGUAGGAGAGCUGGGGGGGGGGAAAGGAAGGGAUUUUUUUUCUAAUCAAUUAUAUCACGGCAACAGUAGUUAUCAGUGUUCUAAUCUGAUCUGACUGCCACUAAAUGUCAAAUCAGGCUAAAGUCGUGCUUCAAAUGGCCCCGCCCGUUUUUGGGGCGAUUUCAGUCAGGUUGAAAAUCGCCCAGAAGUCUCUCAUAGCCUGUCAUGUAAAAUCUAUUUUUUUCAAAUUUCAAAGCUUUCAAUACAAUCUCUAUGGGUGUCUGUGGGCUUGCACUUACGCGCUUUCGUCAUACGUGACGUAACCAUGAACGUAACUAAGAAAAUAGCGGCUAGCAGCGUCUCUGUUGCGACCUGCAGUGUGGCGUUAUCUUAUGUUUUUAAUUUGUACACUUAGUGGCGUUAUUUUAUGUUUUUAAUUUGUAGACUUAGUUUACAAACAUUCUGCCAACCAUGGAUUUCCAGUGGUGGGUUUUGGACUGAUCUUGUUGAUCGUGUACAUACCCGCUACGAACGGACUAAAUAAUGAAAACGCUGCUGGCAGCGGAAUCCAAUACAGCUGGGAGACUUGGCUGGAUGACAGAGUCCCGGACAGAGAAGUGGAGCCGGCCGGCUUCACCCUGGUCAGAGCGGACCGCGAUCCUGGUAAGAGAGCGACUCUGUACCCCCGACAUUGAACUGCUUUCUGUGUCACUGCGACCUUACUAUCUGCCCCGUGAGUUCCCCCAAUUGUUUGUUACCGUUGUGUACUGUUGAUAAUCACAAGUUUACUGGAGAACUGAGACCAAGUAGAGACUUUGGACAGGGUGGAUAUGGUAUAAUAAAGGCAGUUUAUUCAGAGGUAAAGAUAUCUGGAAUCGCGUGCACGGACUCGUUCGUCAAACUCUUAGGGAGCUAUCUGAAGAGAGCCCCGAAAACAUUGUGUGCAGACAUUUUAUACAAUAAAUGAUGUAGGUUGAAUCUAGUAGUUCUGAUCUUCUGAUUGGUCCUGAUGAGUUGGGCGAGGUCCCCUCCACUGUUGCAUUGGCUCUGAGUCGGGUUCUCUGUCUUCAAAUGUUCAGCCUAAAGAGAGGGGAUUUUUGUGUGUGUGUGUGUGUGUGUUUAACAGUGAUGAUGUGUGUGUGUGUGUGUGUUAUCAGUGAUGAUGUGUGUGUGUGUGUGUGUGUGUGUGUGUGUCCUCAGAGCAAGAACUCGUGAGUUGGAAGAACUGAGAGACCUAUGGCGUGGGUGUUGUCCUUGGCCACCUGCUGACAAGGCUGACAAGAUAGGACUCUUUUGUCCAUUGUUAUAGGAUAGGAACAGCAUUGAUUGAAAACAAACGCCCAACACAAAAUGGGUCAUGCACAAGAUUUUAGUCAGACCAAGCUAUAACAUUAUAUAUUUACUACGACAGUACAUUCAACCAAAAGCUAAUAUAACAAAGGCAUCAGAGAUUAUUUAUAAUCUGUCACAGAAACUGGAAUCCAUCUCCCCAGAUCAGUCAAUAAAUGCUUCUGGUAUUGACUUAUAUGCUGCCCCUGUCUUCAUGUGGGGUCUACUACAAAGCAGGCUCAAUGAGUUAACCAGCUGACUUGGAUAAACAACUAGACAUAACUAUUGAUUUUCUGGUUCAUGAUGCUAAACUUAGAUAUGUGUUUUUGGUUGUUGAGUCCUUUAGACCAAGCCCAUUUGAAGCUUAUCUUACAAAAACAUGUAAAGUUAUUUCAGAAUUUGUGAGCAAUUUAGCUGGCUAACCUAUUGAUCCUGCUGAGACGCCCUAAUUCAAUGUAUCUUUACCAACUUACCAUCAAGCCCAUUGAACUGCCGUCUAACAGGUAAUUUAUUUGCUUAUGCUCCUGAGACUACGUUUCAAUCAAAUCAAAUUUAUUUGUCACAUGCUUCAUAAACAGGUGUAGACUAAAAGUGGAAUGCUUAUGGGACCUUCCUAACAAUGCAGAGAGAAAAAUAAUAACACAAGGAAUAAAUACACAAUGAGUAAUGAUAACUUGCCUAUAUACAUGGGGUAAGUAUUGAGUCGAUGUGCAGGGGUACAAGGUAAUUGAGGUAGAUAUGACUACUAGAAAGUGUGUGCCCUCAGGCCUGGAGGGAAGCAAUAGUAAUUCUGCUACCUAAGAAUAGUAAAGCCCCCUUUACUGGCCCCCUUCAAAUAGCCGACCAAUCAGCCUGUUACCAACCCUUAGUAAACUUUACGAAAAACUUGUGUUCGACCAGAUACAAUGCUAUUUUACAAUAACCAAAUUGACAACAGACUUUCAGCACGCUUAUAGGGAAGGACAUUCAACAAGCACAGCACUUACACAAAUGACUGAUGACUGGCUGAGAGAAAUUGAUGAUAAAAAAUAUUGUGGGGGCUGUUUUGUUAGACUUCAGUGCGGCUUUUGACAUUAUCGAUCAUAGUCUGCUGCUGGAAAAACGUAUGUGUUAUGGCUUUAUACCCCCUACUAUAUUGUGGAUAAAGAGUUACCUGUCUAACAGAACACAGAGGGUGUUCUUUAAUGAAAGCCCCUCCAACAUAAUCCAGGUAGAAUCAGGAAUUCCCCAGGGCUGCUAUCUAGGCCCCUUACUUUUUCAAUCUUUACUAACGACAUGCCACUGGCUUUGAGUAAAGACAGUGUGUCUAUGUAUGCGGAUGUCUCAACACUAUACAUGUCAGCUACUACAGCGACUGAAAUGACUACAACACUUAACAAAGAGCUGCAGUUAGUUUCAGAAUGGCUAGCCAGUCUCCAGACCUUAAUCCCAUAGAAAAUCUGUGGAGGGAGUUGAAGGUUCGAGUUGCCAAACGUCAGCCUCGAAACCUUAAUGACUUGGAGAAGAUCUGCAAAGAGGAGUGGAACAAAAUCCCUCCUGAGAUGUGUGCAAACCUGGUGGCCAACUACAAGAAACGUCUGACCUCUGUGAUUGCCAACAAGGGUUUUGCCACCAAGUACCAAGUUUUGCCAUCAUGUUUUGCAGAGGGGUCAAAUACUUAUUUCCCUCAUUAAAAUGCAAAUCAAUUGAUACAAUUUUUGACAUGCGUUUUUCUGGAUUUUGUUGUUGUUAUUCUGUCUCUCACUGUUCAAAUAAACCUACCAUUAAAAUUAUAGGCUGAUCAUGUCUUUGUCAGUGGGCAAAUGUACAAAAUCAGCAGGGGAUCAAAUACUUUUUUCCCUCACUGUGUAUGAUUUACUGUUUUAUCUUUUGUUUUAUGUGUAAUGUAAAUGCCUUAAUGUGUUUGGACCCCAGGAAGAGUAGCUGCUGCCUUGGCAGCAGCUAAUGGAGAUCCCUAAUAAAUACAAAAUACAAAUACAAAUCUGUACAUAUUGGUAGGGAUAAAGUAACUAGGCAACAGGAUAGAUAAUAAACAGCAGCAGCGUAUGUUAUGAGUCAAGAGUUCAUUCAAAAAGAGGGUCAAUGCAGGGGUCUAUUUAACUAACAAUUUAGCAGUCUUAUGGCUUGGGGGUAGAAACUGUUCAGGGUCUUGCUGGUUCCAGACUUGGUGCAUUGAUACCGCUUGCCAUGUGGUAGCAGAGAGAACAGUCUAUGACUGUGGCUGGGGUCUUUGACAAUUUUUAGGGCCUUUCUCUGGCACCGCCUGGUAUAGAGGUCCUGGAUGGCAGGGCGCUCAGCUCCAGUGAUGUACUGGGCCGUACGCCCUACCCUCUGUAGCACAUUGCGUUCGGAUGCCAAGCAGUUGCCAUACCAAGCGGUGAUGCAGCCAGUCAAGAUGCUCCCAAUGGUGCAGCUGUAUAACUGUUUGAGGAUCUGAUGGCCCAUGCCAAAUCUUUUCAGCCUCCAGAGGGGGAAGAGGCGUUGUCGUACCUUCUUCAUGACUGUGUUGGUGUGUGUGGACCAUGGUAAUUCCUUAGUGAUGGAACAGUCCUGUCGAUGUGGAUUGGGGCAUGCUCGGCACUUUGUUUCCUGUAGUCCAGGAUCAGCUCCUUUGUCUUGCUGACAUUGAUGGAGAGGAUGUUGUCCUGGCACCACACUGCCAUGUCACUGACCUCCUCCCUAUAGGCUGUCUCAUCGUCUUUGGUGAUCAAGCCAACCACCGUUGUGUCGUCAGCAAACUUAAUGCUGAUGUUGUAGUCAUGCGCAAACACACAGUCGUGGAGUCGUGGGGGAACAGGGAGUACAGGAGGGGACUAAGCACGCAACCCUGAGGGGCCCCCGUGUUGAAGGUCAGCGUGGCAGAUGGGUUGUUGCCUUCCCUCACCACCUGGAGGUGGCCAAUCAGGAAGUCCAGGAUCCAGUUGCAGAGGGAGGUGUUCAGUCCCAGGGUCCUGUGCUUAGUGAUGAGCUUGGAGGGAACUAUGGUGUUGAACACUGAGCAAUAGUCAAUGAACAGCAUUCUCACAUAAGUAUUCCUCUUGUCCAGGUGGGAGAGAGCAUUGUUGAGUGCAAUAGAGAUUGUGUCAUCUGUGGAUCUGUUGGGGCGGUGUGCAAAUUGGAGUGGGUCCAGGGUGUCUGGGAUGAUGGUGUUGAUGUGAGCCAUGACCAGCCUUUCAAAGCAUUUCAUGGCUACAGAUGUGAGUGCUACGGAGCGAUGAUCAUUUAGACAGGUUACCUUGGCGUUCUUGGGCACAGGGACUAUAGUGUUCUGCUUGAAACAUGUAGGUAUUACAGACUGGGUCAGGGAAAGUUUGAAAAUGUCAUUGAAGACACUUGCCAGCUGGUCAGCGCAUGCUCGGAGUACACAUCCUGGUAAUCAGAAUGUUAACCUGUUGAAAGGUCUUAAUAACAUUGGCUACAGAGAGCGAGAUCACACAGUCGUCCGGAACAGCUGGUGCUCUCAUGCAUGGUUCAGUGUUGCUUGCCUCGAAGCAAGCAUAGAAGGCAUUUAGCUUGUCUGGUAGGCUUGCGUCCCUGGGCAGCAUCCCUGGGUUUCCCUUUGUAUGCUGUGAUAGUUUGCAAGCCCUGCCACAUCUGACGAGCGUCAGAGCCGGGGUAGUAGGAUUCGAUCUUAGUCCUGUAUUGAUGUUUUGACUGUUUGAUGGCUUGUCGGAAAACAUAGAGGGAUUUCUUAUAAGCGUCCGGAUUAGUGUCCCGCUCCUUGAAAGCUGCAGCUCUAGCCUUUAGCUCAGUGAGGAUGUUGCCUGUAAUCCAUGGCUUCUGGUUGGGAUAUGUAUGUAGGUCACUGUGGCAGCAACGACGUCGUCGAUGCACUUAUUAAUGAAGCUGGUGACUGAUGUGAUAAACUCCUCAAUGCCAUCGGAUGAAUCCCGGAACAUAUUCCAGUCUGUGCUGGUGAAACAGUUCUGUAGCUUAGUUUGCACAGGCAGCCCAAUUCUAAUCAUUUUGCCCAAUUAUUGGCAAAAGAUCUGAUCUGAUUGGUCAAAAGACCAAUAAUUGUCCAAAUACCAAUAAUUGGGCAAAAUAUCAGAAUUUGGCUGUCUGUGAAAACGCAGCCUUGGGGAAGAUCUCAAUUGUCCUCUCUCCUCGUUUCCUUCUCAAAACCCAUUGGAGGAGAAGGUCAGAGGGGCAGGACCACUGGCUUUCUCAUCCAAUAGCUUUUGAGAAGGAACCGAGAAGAGAGGACACAAGGUGUAUGCAAUCUCCCUUAGACUUUCAGGAAUCUGAUGUGCCCUUGAGCAAGGCCUAAUUAGUUUGUCAGUCAAUGGCAGCCCCACCACUUGGUUUUCUAUAAAGCAGAGGGAUAGGGCUGGAGAAAUGUAAGAUCUCAUUCAUUGAUGGAGCUAUGGAUUAAAUGAGAGACAGUCAAUAAGAUCAGCGCAUUUAGAAGUUAUACAGUACAGUGUUAGUAACUUUUAGAGCUGAAUUCGUAUAAUAGAUUUACUUUGCACACCAUCCCCCCAUACAAAUGAACAGGUCAUUGUUUUCACCCUGUUACACUGAAACCCAAUGAGGGUAAGUUAGGUUAGUCUUGAAAUUCUCAGCUUUUGGGCUGUUUUUCUCAAACACAGGCACUACCAGAUGGCAUUAUGUAAUGAUUUCCAUCAGCAAGGGCAUUGAAGAUGCUUUUUACCAGAAUAAUAUUUCUCAAGCAAGAACUUUGCUAGGACUGUCUGGGAGUGGUCUGAGUGGGGAGGGGAAAUCUGAAAACUAGCUGUUAUUGACAGAGAAGUCUCCAGAACCAUGUGUGUUGGAACUUUGGAAGAGAAAGGGACAUUGUGCAAGAACAACAGGGAUGUCCACAUUCAUAACAUUCUAACCUUGAUGUGUUGAUGUCCUGUUGACUUUUACUAAGAAUGCAAUAAUUUAAGUUGUGUUACUACUAGCACAUUUACGAAUGUUUGGUCAUUGUCUCAAUAUUGAUCCUGCUUUGUAAAAUAAGAGUGAGUGUGUUUGUCUGUGUUUCAUGUUUGUGAUGGCCCUCUGACUGCCUCCAUUUCUGUCUCCAGAGGUCCAAGCUUCCUUCGACACACGUCCCUGUGUGAAAAGCUCUGAUGUGGAUCCAAGUUUUUCUGGGGCUCCUGGUUGUGGCCCUAGGCCUGCUCCUGCCCUACCCUGUCUGUGAGGCCACCUCCCUGGGUGCAGUGGUCAAUGUUGUCCCUCUAGAGAAGAGUGGAGGAAAUAUGGUGAGGUUACACAUUGUCAAUGACCAAUGGUGUCAGCUUUUAACAACGUACGUUAGGAAUUUCAGGAUUGACCUAAAAUAUGCGAUGCGAUAAUGAUAGGCUUUCUAUGUUACGAUGCACAUGUGAGCAGCAUUCAAAUGAAUUACAAUCCAUGUUUAUUGGUUCUUGCUGUACCUCUCAGCUGUCAAUACACAGCCCCUCAAGGUUACUUACUACGCUGGUAUUUUACAGUCUCUGCUAUUUAUCUGUUGUUGUUUUCUUUGUUUUUGUUUGUUUCAAUUUACUUGAUAAAAUGGUAAAUAGCCAAUAGUUACAUUGUGGUUUAGGCAUCAACAACAGGUAUAAUAUAAUAUAAUGUGCCAUUUAGCAGACGAAAGCGACUUACAAUGAUUGUGCUGAAUUCCUAAAAGCAAGUUUCUCAUUGUUACCAUGUAAUUAAUUACAUGACCUCCUGACCUCAUGCCACCUUUGACCUUUGGCAGGUGAGAGCCCACUACACCGUGAUCUCGGCCCUUCCCUGUCCUACAUACUCCGGAGUGUGUCAGACAGGGGAAGACUGUGUCGUGCAUACCACCCCGUUACCCUACACAGGACAGAAGCCCGCCUCAGGCUGGUGCGUCCGCCAAUGGCAGAGGACCGUUCCCAGCAACUACAAGGCCAACGUGAAUGUGGGGUAUGUGAUUUGCUGAGAGACCUGUCAUUUAAUAUCACACCAUGCCCAUUUGAUGUGCUUUUGUAGAACAUCUAUAGAAUCAAUACACACUGACUGGUCAUGUUCAGCGCUAGCUUCCGCAACAUUUAAGACUGUAAAGUUUAAUGAGUUGGUUUCAUAAUGGUGAAAAUGUCAUACAAACUUGCUUUAAAGCAGUUGAACAUUAGACCUCCUCAGUCCUCACAAUUCAGAACAUUACUGUAUAAUGCAGUUCCAUGACUGAUCAUUCUUACUUUAUAUCAUAUGCAUUAUGUUGUCUCCAUGUUAUAAAGCAACCAUUAUGCAGGUUAUGCCAUACCAACUCAGGAAAAGUGAAAAACAAACAUGUUUAUUUCACUCCCCUGUAACUGUGAAUUAGGUCCAACGUGAAUGUGUUUCUGUCCUUGUGGGCUGGACCCUCCAACCAGUCUAACCCAUUGAGACUAAACCAGCCACCUUACUGCAGCCUGCCUCCUCCUCUCAGGUAACUCAACACACUCUAACCUGGACAUGAGUCUUGUACUGAGCAUACAAACAUUACACCUCUGUUUACUCUAGUCUACACAUUCUUACGGUUUUGACUGCUGAUAUGUAGUGUUUAUUUAUUUGGUCAUGACCACUGAUACGUUUUCACCCUUUUCUCUCCUCUUCCUCCUUCUCUCCCUUUUCCUCCUCUUUCGUUUUCUCCUUCCUUCCUUCCUUCCUUCCUUCCUCAUCCCCGUUCUCCCUUUCCAUACUUUUCCUUUCUCCUCCGUAUCUCUUCCCAUUGUCGAGCUCUUCAGUUUCGCUAUAGCCUCUUCAAGUCUCUCAGAACAGGGUCCCAGUCCUCAAACUGCCUGAGCGUCUGACUUACUGUUUGUGAGAUAUGUGUAGUCUUGUGAUAAUGAGGUGAUCUGCCGCACACCUGACCAAUAGGCUCAAAAAAAGGUGCAGGAGAAAAUAUAUAUAUAAUAAAGUGGGGAGAAAAAACUCUUUAAGUUGCAUAUGAUUGUUAACUGAAUGUGUAUUCUUGUGUCAGGGCUCGCGUGAACUGCCCACAUCACUUCCCACUGACGGUGAAGGACCUGGAUGGGGACACGGUGCGCUGUCGCUUUGCCCGGGCUGACCUUGGAGAAUGCCUUGACUGCCCCCAGCACAAUUUUCUGAAGAUGGAGGAGGUGGGUCUUAACUUAUUUGUGUCUAUAUUUUAGUCCACGCAGCAGUGACUGUAAGAUGCCCCCAAACCUCCAAGAAAAGGUGCAAGAAAGAUACAUUUUUGUUUCUUAUACAGAGAAAUAACAAAUAUUAUUAAUUGGCCAUUAUGGAUGCAUCAUGCACCAUCUAAUUGUGCGGGAAGGUUAAACCAAUUGAGAGUUAUUUGUUGGACUUGUUUGGUUUGAGAGUUAGGCUUUCGUCUUCAGGCAUGCGCUCUGUGGGAAACAAAGAAAAUUUGUUUUCAAAUAAAUUGUAAUACAUUUGUUUUAAUUGCUAUUUCAUAGGAGUCGUGUACGCUGUUGUACAAUGGUAAAUCAUCCGCUGGCCAAUACUCUGUGCAGCUGAUGGUGGAGGACUUUCCAAGUCAAACCCAAACCGCCAAACCCAAAGCACUCAGUUCCAUCCCACUGCACCUGUCCCUUACAGGUGAGACUGACACACACAAACCAUUUCACGCUGUCUCCUCUUUAUUGAUGGGCCUGUUUUAGGGAAAAGUGAAUCAGGUAUAUUCUGCUGGUCUGCUCUCAAUAACUAUACAUACUGGACUGUAUGAUGUAGCUGUGUUAUUCAGUCUUGAUGUGAGGCACCUUGGGAUUGAUUUAUCAAGCGCUCUUGAAAAUUAACAUUUCAACACAGUAGUAAUGGAUGAGUUUCCCAUAUUUAUGUACCAGUAACAACAUUUUAUAUUGAGAUACAUCCAAAGUUCUUGAAAAGGAGCAACAGAAAGACUUGAAUUAUAUUGGUUAUAUAUGAUACCUGAAGCCAGGUUAAAAAGAAAGUGGUUUAAAACUAAAGAACCUUAACUUUUGUCUUGUUCUUGGUUUCAGUGGAGGAGGCGUCCUCAAGCUGCAUUUCCGAGCUGGUCACUACAGGACUAACACCAACAGGUGGAGCCACCAUCUCCGUUCUGCCCUACGAGCAGAUCAACGUGUCUGUCACCUUUCGUUCUGACCUAGAGAGGUGUGUUAUAGCAGUGUUUUCCAAACUUGGUCCUCAACCUAGAGGUGUGUUAUACUACUCAACCUAGAGGUGUGUUAUACUACUCAACCUAGAGGUGUGUUAUACUACUCAACCUAGAGGUGUGUUAUACUACUCAACCUAGAGGUGUGUUAUACUACUCAACCUAGAGGUGUGUUAUACUACUCAACCUAGAGGUGUGUUAUACUACUCAACCUAGAGGUGUGUUAUACUACUCAACCUAGAGGUGUGUUAUACUACUCAACCUAGAGGUGUGUUAUACUACUCAACCUAGAGGGGUGUUAUACUACUCAACCUAGAGGUGUGUUAUACUACUCAACCUAGAGGUGUGUUAUACUACUCAACCUAGAGGUGUGUUAUACUACUCAACCUAGAGGUGUGUUAUACUACUCAACCUAGAGGUGUGUUAUACUACUCAACCUAGAGGUGUGUUAUACUGAGUUUCCCUCCUUUUGUGUCAUGUUUCUCUCAACUAUCUCUCUCUCUCGCUCUCAGUUGUGUGUAAAAGUUACAAACGGGUUGUUUUCCAAACUUUCAUCAUGGAUUUCUAUUGGAGAAGUUAGUCCGUUUCUGUGCAUCUUUCUACUGUUUUGACUGGGUUUGCGGUAUCUCUCUUCUUCAGUGUAUCAGAGAUAGUGAUGGUUGGUCCCCCUGGCCUCUUCAGGACAGCGCUGGAAACCAAGGGUUCCCUGGCCACCAUGAAUCUCACAUGGAUCCGGGGCCCCAAUAACCUGCCUCCUCUUUUGCCACUUUGUUUCAUGGCCAACACCAACAGGUAACUUUUCGGUGAAGGAGAACAAUAAAUGUUAGGUUGACAUUUCGUCAACAACCAAUGUUUUAGCAUCUGUUAGAACCAACCUGUCUGAUGUAUACAACCUCUUGUCCUCACAGUUUGCAGUCUGAACCAAGAUGUGUGUGGCUUUACCAAAGUAAGAACAAUCACAGUUCUUCCACUCUGUUUUGUGUGUGUGUGUGUGUGUGUGUGUGUGUGUGUGUGUGUGUGUCCAAGAGUAAGCAUGAUGAAAGGGUCGUUUCUUAGUUGUUUACAGUGGUGAAAGCGGGGUGAGGUACAGCAUAGGUGCAAUAUUUUCUAAACAUGUUCAUAAAAUGUUGGAAGUCUCUACUUGUCUUUUCCAGGACAGAUGGAGACCAUUCCCACUGGAACAGGUAUAUAACACACUGUGUAUGUAGUUGAUAUCCACUACUGACUGACUGACUGACUGUCUGACUGUCUGACUGUCUGUCUGUCUGUCUGUCUGUCUGUCUGUCUGUCUGUCUGUCUGUCUGUCUGUCUGUCUGUCUGUCUGUCUGUCUGUCUGUCUGUCUGUCUGUCUGUCUGUCUGUCUGUCUGUCUGUCUGUCUGUCUGUCUGUCUGUCUGUCUGUCUGUCUUGUUCUUGAUGUAUCGGUCUCUUUGGAAAAGACACACACAUACAAGCAAAGAAAUACACUAAAAAGACCCUUCUCUCUUCACCAUAACCCAAACCCUUACCCUAAACUGGGUUCGUAUCCUAACCCCAAUCCCGCCCCUUACCCUAAACCGGGUUCGUAUCCUAACCCCAACCCACCCCUUACCCUAAACUGGGUUCGUAUCCAGAUCCCUCCCCUCCCCAUACACUGAUACAUCACACUCUUCCCUUCUUUAUUCAUGUUUUGGUUUAGUCUGAUAUUUAGUUUGGACUCCUGUAGUUUGGUUUUUCUUUUCAUUUAUACAAUUUGUAAAGCGACUUUGGGUCCUUGAAAAGCGCUAGAAGUCCCACCUAUUAUUUGUAUUAUUUCUCUCCUCCCAGAGCUGACAUGUGGGAAGACUGAGAUGAAUCUGGUUCUCCCCAUUUCCACCCUGAAGAACCUGAUUGUGUCAGAGCUCCAGCUCAACCACCCUUCCUGUAGUAUCACCUCCAACUCCACCCAUGUGAUGGCCCGCAUCUCUCUGACUGGCUGCGGCACUAAGAGAGUGGUACGAGACUCUGCCCACUGUAUCAAAUGCAAAACUUACAUUGGCUCCUUCCCAGUAGUGGUGCCUGAGUAAAAAAAACUGGGGACGCCAAGCCAGAAAUAAAGCCAUAUUACAACCUAUGUGUUGUGAUAAUUGCGUUGUUCGCUCUAUAACCUGUUAGUUCAUAUGCCUUGAGGCCAUGAUAUGCUGUAUAGGCCCAAGGCCGAGACAAUAAGAAGACACAGUGGCAGAAUAAAUUCAACCACACCUUUGUUUCAUCACAAAACCGGAAAGCAACCUCUGUCCGGUAAAGUCCACAAAGCAUAUUGCAUGUAACAAACAGGUACAAUGACCUACAGCAUGGUCAAGCAAGUUAAUGUUUCCGACAUUUUCUGACUACUAAACAACUAUUGAUUUAGAACCACUGAGAGUUACCGCAAGUCACAAACAAAAUAGUAGCUGCCUCCACUAUUCCAGCACCAUUUCAACUUCAACAUUACCUCUGCUUAGUCUAAUACAGUGACAACUAAAAGAUACCAAAAACUAUUUAGUCCAAUCAACGUAAGCUAAAUAUGAUGUGGCUGUCCAUGGUUCUGCUUUCUCUGCGUGUGUGUGUGUGUGUGUGUGUAUUCUUGCAAGUAGGAAAAACAUGUUGACAUGUUGAGAAAUGCCAAUGCCAUCCUCCUCUCAUGUUGACGAAACGGUCUAUGACUCUGUCAUACAGUACAUACUUUUAAGUUUUGUUGUCCUAGGCUACCUGGCUAAAAUGCUUGCUCGCUAGCCUAACUUUCAUGGGUAAUAAUGAGCAAGCUAGUUAAUAUUAGCCUACUACAUCUAGCUACAUAUUGAACAUCCAUCCUCUCAGGCCAGGGGCACAAUGUAUGAAUUUAUGGUUGGAUCAAAAUCGCCGUUAUAAUCAUUGGCCAGUAAGGAGAAUUAACUAAUUAAUGAAAUCCCUAUCUCCAUCCAUGGCUAAGAAAGGGCCAAUUUUAGCCUGCUAGCUAGCCACCGGCAGACAACAACACAACGAGAUGCAACAAAUCAAGUUUUUUCUGCCAAUAACGUUUUGCUCUCGAUGUGAUGUGAUUGGUGUGAAUCCAAACUGGCUUCUCUUGACACUUUGUUUUGGUAUGCCAGGACCAUUCACAGUUUUGAGCUCACUCAGUUUAGCUCAACACUGAUUGGCUAUUAUUUUAUACUUUUUUUUAUCAAGGGAGGCCAAAUGCUCGCUGGCUUCCCUUGUGUUUAAUGCUAUGGGCGGCAACAAUGUCACACUCUUUUUGACCAGACAGCAUCAGGUAGAUUGGCUGCACAUACAGAGUCAGAUAGGUGCUGUUUCACUCGCGCGGCUGCUUUCACUGGUGAGAUACAGUACAUUCAGCCUCUUGCCAAUUGAAGGAAAAUGAUGAAACACAGAGAGAUGAAAGAUACAUUCUUUUAUAUGUUGUUUUCUUUUUUUUUCUUGGUUAAUUUUAUUAGGAAGCCUGGCUUCCCUUGGCAUACAUGAAUGCACGCCACUGCUCCGUCCAUAAAGCAGGUUGAACAGACUGUCUGCUGUGAUGUGUGACUGAACCAGAAUAUUCACACAUGAUCCCGUCCCUUUUCUCCACAGCACUCUGGUUCAGAGAUGGUGUACACCAACACCCUGCGAAGCGUGCGCACCACCGUCAUCAGUCGGCUGCCCACCUUGAUUAUGCCGCUCGCCUGCCGUUUCCCCGGGGUCGAGGCCAAGGGCCCGCGGUACGCCAUCAACAUGCCGUCGGAGCAGGAGACCUUCGGCAUCGUCAAGUUCUGGUUGGAGUUCUACCGGCCUGGGGAGGGGCCCAUGGCUAAAAGCACCAAAUUCCCCAUGUUCCGACACCUCCUCCCUCCCUCCCAGCGUGUCCGCCGAGAGACGUCGGUCCGCACCGCGAGCAGGCUGGACACACUGGACCUGCAUGUGUUCUCCAACACCUCUCUGGACAGGGCAGAGCUGAUGGUGGGCAAGUGCAUGGAGUCCGAGACAGAAGACAUGGCUGACAGCUUCUAUAUCCUGGAACAGGGGUCAGUGCAGGCCAGGGAACCAAGCCUGCUUAAAGGGAUAGUUUUCUGAAAUGUUUACCCAAUCUUGAUUGUUUUCUUACCCCAAAUGGGGUACUUGGGUUUUUAUUACAAGCUCUACGGAAAGCUGUCCUUUUAACUCAGUUGAGGUGGCAGCAAUUUGUCACGUUGUUAUGAAAUUGAUUGUUUACUGAGAUUUCCGCUGUUUUGGAACCCAAUCUCUCACGUACAUUAAAAACAUUAAAUGUCUUCCUUCUUUCUCAGGUGUACGGCUGGAAAUGGAACCCUGGAGAUUCUGACCUCAACCUCCACUGCCAGGGUGUACCGAAUCGACCUGAGCACUAUCAACACUAAAGGAACCACGGUGUGUAUUUCUGUCCAUGUACCUCUCUUCAGGGAUAUGGAGGGUGCUCCCGUUGAUCUCUCAGACAUCCGGAACGGCCACAUGAUUAUCCAGUUGAGCAAAAGCCCAGCGACUAAAAUAGAAAUAGACUAACUAGCGCCUAUAUCCCAUACUGUUUAUUUACAACAUGUUUUAUUAUUGUUAUAACUGAUUUAUCCACUUCAAUCAAUGUGUCAGUCUGUCACUAUGUGUUUGUCCCUUUCAGCUCUGUUUGAAUAACAGUAUAUGUCCAUCUGUAUAAUGCUUAUUUCAAAUUCUCACAAUAUGUUUCUCCGAGAUUUUUUGGUCUUGGGUCUGACUCUCUCUAAUGACAUUAGCCUAUAUGAUCACAAUAUUGUACAAGUGUUGUAUGUGUAGUUGAUUGUGUCUCUUGUCCUCUGCAGAUGUACGUGGAGUGUACAGUGUAUCUCUGUGUCACCACGAGGCCCUCUCAGAAGUGUCCUGAUCAGUGUGACAGGGACAGCAGCAACCAGGUAACGGUUGACAACAUGCUGACCAGGAGCUAUAGCGUCCGCUCCGGCCCCGUUAGACUCGUACCCACCACCGCUGCACUGGCAACCACCACUGUGUUCACAACUACCAUCCCCACCACCACUAGUACCACAGCAGCACCAACUACCACAGCCUCAAAUGGUAGGACUUGUAGACAUGCUCAGCUCUUACUCAGUCCCGUAGCUUAAAUUCAUCUUUAGGGGCUGUAGCCCAGCAUUAACCCAACCGAUAUGGAAAAGACGACCAGCGCUCACCAAUAAAGUAUAACUAUCCAGUGAUAUUUACCCUCAAUUGGAUUCUCUCCUCCACUUUCCCCUACUCUAGCUCCAGCUGAGGACUCAACCAUGGCAGUGGGCGUGGUCUUGGCUGUCGUUCAUGUCUUUCUUCAAGGCCUACUUCAUCACUGAAGAAACAAGGCUUAGAAUACCUAUGAUGUUAAAUUGUAGCUCUCAUGUGGAUUUCUGCAUACUAAUUGACAUCAUUUAAAGCACACAUCACAAGAAGCCAAUGGAAUUAGUGAUAUGACACACUGCUUACUUUGAAUGGGCCUUUUGAAUAUUUUUCAAGAUACUUAUUUUUGUACAGUAUACUCCCCAUGAUGGUUUCUACAUUUCCCCAGAGGACAUUAGUAUGAAAUUUGUGCAUGUAAAGCAUGAAACACUGAGAAUCUCACUGCUGA